AUGUUCUCUUCCAAGAUCUCCCUCGUUCACAACAUGCUGCUUGUCGUAGCAUCGCUUGCUGCUUUCGGUUUGGCGCAAGCCUCCGGUACUGGGGAAGCUACGGUCUUCGAACCCGAACUCGGUGUAUGUGGACACAUCAACAAUGCACAAGACUUUGUUGUUAGAGUCUCGGCGGAUGUGUUCGAUACAUUCCCAGGUGCCACUGCCAACCCAAAGGACAACCCUAUCUGCAACAAGCAACUAGACGCGACCUCCGAGGGAAAAUCGGUUACGGUUACUAUUACUGACCGAUGCGAGGGAUGUCCGCCGACAGGUAUUGACCUUUCCCCGGUGGCCUUCAACGAGCUCUCCGAGCCAUCCGUUGGGAAACUGUCCGGUGUCGCGUGGACUAUCUUUUGA